AUGCUGGACGUGGACAAAUGCUGGACGCUCUGGAGCCUGGACGUCACCUUGGCUCUGCUGAGGGCUGAUGGAUGGAAGGUGGAGGCACCGCCUCAGCCGGCCAGCCCAGGUCAGGUAGAGCAGGGUCAGGUAGAGCAGGGUCAGGUAGAGCAGGGUCAGGUAGAGCAGGGUCAGGUAGAGCAGGGUCAGGUAGAGCAGGGUCAGGUAGAGCAGGGUCAGGUAGAGCAGGGUCAGGUAGAGCAGGGUCAGGUAGAGCAGGGUCAGCGUCUGUCUGACCUCGGUGACAAAGCGAGAGCGCCAGCAGCCGAUAGCGACGGCGUGAUGAGAAUAGCGAGGUGUUGCUUGUGGAUGAUCCGGAGACGCAGCAGAUCCCAGGGCCUCAUUAGUGCCGCGCUCAGGGACAUGUGUUUACUGCAGACGGAGAACUACUGCUCCAGACCAGGAGAACCACUGCCCAGGAGAACCACUGCUCCAGACCAGGAGAACCACUGCUCCAAACCAGGAGAACCACUGCUCCAGACCAGGAGAACCACUGCCCAGGAGAACCACUGCUCCAGACCAGGAGAACCACUGCUCCAAACCAGGAGAACCACUGCUCCAGACCAGGAGAACCACUGCUCCAAACCAGGAGAACCACUGCUCCAAACCAGGAGAACCACUGCUCCAGACCAGGAGAACCACUGCUCCAGACCAGGAGAACCACUGCUCCAAACCAGGAGAACCACUGCUCCAGACCAGGAGAACCACUGCCCAGGAGAACCACUGCUCCAGACCAGGAGAACCACUGCUCCAGACCAGGAGAACCACUGCUCCAGACCAGGAGAACCACUGCUCCAGACCAGGAGAACCACUGCUCCAAACCAGAAGAACCAGAAUGCAUCAUCACACACAUCCUCCAUCAACCACAUCACUCCUGUCCUGAAACACAUCACCCCUGUCCUGAAACACAUCACCCCUGUCCUGAAACACAUCACCCCUGUCCUGAAACACACCACCCCUGUCCUGAAACACAUUAGCCCUGUCCUGAAACACACCACCCCUGUCCUGAAACACAUUAGCCCUGUCCUGAAACACAUCACCCCUGUCCUGAAACAAAUCACCCCUGUCCUGAAACACAUCACCCCUGUCCUGAAACACAUCCCCCCUGUCCUGAAACACAUCACCCCUGUCCUGAAACACAUCCCCCCUGUCCUGAAACACAUCACCCCUGUCCUGAAACACAUCACCCCUGUCCUCUAA